GAACUUUCUACAGAUUAACAAAGAUUUCUCCAUAAAAAAAAAUAAAUAAAAAAUGUCAACUAAAUUCUUUGCAUUUUAUUUUGCAUUUAUAAUGCUUGUUUUCUUUGUAACAAGGACAGAGGGCCUUUCAAUUAGAUUUCAGAACAUAAUUUGUCGCGCUGAAGAUCCCAAGUUCAUUCGUUUUGAUACUUGUAAGAUUACCGCAGUUUCCAGAAAAUCCCAGUAUAUUACUGUCAAGGCUGGCCUACUGGAACGGCCGCUAACUAAAUUCAGGCUGAGAUUCUUUUUCAUGCAACGUCUAAAUGGCUGGAAACCUUUUCUGUACGACUGGAGUAUUGGCUGUAAUUUUACAAAAACGUUGAACAAGUUGACAUCUUUGGUCUGGGAUAUUGUUAGAAAUAUUUCAAAUUUCAAUACUGAUUGUCCGUAUUACCAAGAAACAGUGGAUAUUCCUAGAGCCGAAAAUACAUAUUUCCAGAAUAUCCUAAAAAUGCUACCCAUACCAACGGGAGUCUAUGGCUUAUUCAUACAGGAGGGAACGGAGGCGCACAAAAGGGUUCACGUAGAAAUUCAUAUACAGGUUUCAUAA